GUCAUAGUUACUCAAAUGUCACCUGUUUAAUUAUGAUAAAUAACUUUAUAUACAUUGUAUUUUGAAAGAAUAUUCAAGUUAUAAAUGUUACAUUAAAAUAAGUCAAAAAUUUAAAUAAAAUAAAAAGUAGUUUCAAAACCCAAGACAAUGUCUCAAACAAAUACAAAUCAAACAAUUCCUAAAUACAUACGAUUCCUAUUUGGGGGAACCGCGGGAAUGCUGGCCACGUGUUUCGUACAGCCUUUCGAUCUCAUCAAAAAUCGGAUGCAAUUAAGCGGCGAAGGCCGUAAGGGAAAGGAGUUUAAGACAAGUUUUCACGCCAUCCGAGCGGUCGUCAAGAAUGAGGGCGUCGGCGGUCUAUACGUGGGUCUGUCGGCCGGCCUCUUACGACAGGCCACGUACGCGACCGUCCGGUUAGGCAUCUAUUCGUCGCUUUUCGAGAAAGUGAGCGCAGAUUACGGAAAACCUCCCGGUUUUAUGGGAAAGGCUGUCAUCGGUAUGAUUGCCGGAGGAAUCGGCGCUUUCGUCGGCACUCCGGCUGAGGUGUCGCUCAUUAGGAUGACAUCCGACGGCCGAUUACCAGCGGCUGAGCGCCGCAACUAUACCAAUGUGUUCAACGCCCUGAGCCGUAUCACGAGGGAGGAGGGGGUGCUGACCCUAUGGAGGGGUUGCGUACCCACCAUAACCCGGGCAAUGGUGGUGAACGCCGCCCAAUUAGCCUCGUAUUCGCAGUCAAAGCAAACCCUACUGUCGACCAAAUAUUUUAGCGAUAAUAUUAUGUGUCAUUUCAUGGCGUCUAUGAUAUCCGGGUUAUUCACGGCCGGGGUGUCGAUGCCCGUCGACAUCGCUAAGACAAGACUACAGAAUAUGAAAAUAAUUGCCGGAAAGCCUGAGUAUAAGAACGCAUUCGAUGUGAUCGCACGCGUGGUUCGCAAUGAGGGAGUGUUGGCGCUGUGGAAGGGAUUCACGCCAUACUAUGGACGGGUGGGUCCGCACACAGUACUGGCCUUUAUAUUCCUGGAACAGGCGAACCAGUCGUACAAACGGCAUGUCCUCCACGACUACUCCGGUGGCGGCGGACUCUAGACCUCUAGACAUACUGUGACAUUGUAUAUGAAUUUUAAAAACUAUAACAUUAUUAUCAAAUUUGUCAUAAUAUAGCGACUAAAUUGCGAG